UAACGCAUGUGCGACACAAACUACUGGAACGCGCGCGUUCGAAAUACGAAAAUUUAAAAAAACAAUGAAUGGUGUUGUUUUUUUUUUAAUUGUGCCAAGUUGCCUUUAAAGUGCCAGGAUCUGGAUUGUUAGUGUUUUGGAUUUGCAAGAUGUCAACUUUUAUUAGUUCUGGAGCGACACAGGCUGAUGCGAAAGAUCGUAUAUUAGAGCGAGAUGCCGGCUUCGUGUCGGGCGGCGACGACGACGACUCGUGCUCCGGCCCCGCCCACUCCGACGACUCGGGCGUGCGGCUCGUCGAGUCCGACCUGAGGAAGCGAGACCUCUCGCCCCCUCUCCUUCCCCCGCCGAAGAAAAGACGGCUCGCCUCCAGCGAUGAACCCUCAGAAAGCACCAGCCCGUUCAGACCCUGGUCUUUCCCAGAAGAACCUCAAAGAGAACCGCUUUCAUUAGUCAAAAAGAGCGAAACGAGUUUGCUCAGACAAAGAAGGAGGCCGGUCGAACCUCCACCACCACCUUUACCUCCCCCAAGCGUAGAACCAAGACCCGGCCCACCCCGAGUCCCACCACAUCCUGGUGUUGUAGCAGAGUCCUCGUACACAGAGAAAUCCAAACCUAGAGAGCAAAGAAACUACAAAAACAUGACCAGAGAACGAAGGAUAGAAGCCAACGCCAGAGAAAGAACGAGAGUCCACACCAUCAGCGCGGCCUUCGACACUUUAAGAAAGUCCGUUCCCGCUUACAGCCACAACCAGAAGCUAUCCAAGCUCUCUGUCCUCCGAAUAGCUUGCGCGUACAUCGCUGCGCUAUCAGCGGCGAUAGACCCUGAAGCUGAUCUCUCCUUGGCAGUGGAAUCCGUCACUCAAACGAUACACACAGAAGGAAAGCUAAGGAAAAAGAAAGACGAUCCGUAGAUCUGGAAGCCGUUUUGAACUAAGCCGUCCCCUAAGCCUAUUCUCAUUAACUCUGGUAGUACAAAAAUGACAAUAAAGGGAUUAUGAACUAUUUAUUGGAGCGUAGCGUAGUGCGUUUUACCAUGUUUUAAAUCUAGUGAUACUUAUACUGUUCUAAGGUUGACGCUUGGUACAUAUGCAGAACUGUUAGUUUAUAUGUAUACCUCUCUGUUCCUAUGGAAAAAUACAAUAUUAUAGAAACUGACAGGUGUUCCAUGGACGAGCUGGGCAAAAAUGAAAAUUUUCGGUAGUUAGGUACCUAUAUGACAAAUUGUACCUACUUAGCCGAAUUUUCCAUUUUUUCCAACCUUACAGAGCUUAAUAUGCCUAAAACUUUUUAAAGUAAGGGUUCGCGAAGUUCACGCUUCCUAGUAAGAAUCUCUUGUUGACUGAUGAUAUUACAAUGUUUGUAGUUGUUGAAAUAAAAUGAAAGCCUUGCAUUUCUGAAGUGAAAACAUACAACUGUAUUCCUUUGUCAUUGAUAUGUCAUCUUUGAAAGAUGUAGAUUGCAAUUUUUAUCUUUGUAUCUUUAUCAACUUGAGUCAAAAUACGUACAGUAGCCACAGGUGUUUUUUUUUUGGAUGUACGAGUAGCAACAAAGAAGGGCAAUACCUAUGUAUCGCAUUAUUUUCCAAAACGCGCAUAGGUACUUUUCAAAAUACGUAAAGUCAUCCUUUAUCUGGCAUUUUAAUAAUUUUUGUAAGUACGAUGUACAAUGUCCGAAUUCGCGACAAAUUCAGAUCUCCUGAGAAAAUAUUUGGCAUUUGAAUUUGACUGAAAGGUUCCAAGUUCCAGAAAGGCGAUAAACUGACGACUAUUAAUCCGGUCGAAAAGCACAGAAACGUCUGUCUUAAAAAAACAGUCAAGUUUGUCACUAGAAAAGACACAUAUUUAGAGCAUACAUUUUUUUUUAGUGAAAAACUACAUGACCUAGUUCAAAUGUAUAGUUCAAUUUCUAACCUCCGGUAUCGAUAUUAUUUUUGAAACAAUUUUCUGUAAGUGCGAAAGUGACGUACCAACGCGAUAGGCUAGAUAUAUAUCACACUACUAUGCCUGCCAGGUUCUUAUCAAUUUAUUUAGGUAUGUACGUACUUUAUAAAAAGUUUCAAAAAUGAAAGUGUUUUUCGAUUCGACUAACAUGUCGUCUAUUAACGCCUACUUAGUUCGUUUAUUAGUUAGUUCCGAUAGCCAUUCCCAGUCCAGUAUUAAGUUAAAAUUACGAUCUACCUUUAAUUGUAAUCGGGCUUUAAGAUAUUUAUUACAACCGAGUCAGUAAUUUUAAGAUGUAUAUUUUGUAGAAUAAGUUUUGUAAUAUGUUGUGUGGCUGGAAACAAUGUGAUCAUGGAAAAUCUAGGCAUUAUUAGAAAUAACCGAUUUAUCAAAAGAUUUCGCUAAGUAGAUGAUAAAGAAGGAUGUAUGAAAACUUGUAUAUACAUUUUAACAUAAAUGCCUGCUGUGAAGUCUCGUAAAGGACGACAAUGAUGAUAUUUUGCUUGUUAAUGACUCCCAGAACUGUAUUUGAUAUAAAAUGUUGAGGAAAUUUAGGUAGAACAGUAAAUAAAAUACUUUUGACUUUAUCGUAAUUCGUGACUUAAGUACUUUUCAGUACACAUGGCGUUUUUUCCGCACUAGUUAAAGUAGUACAUUUUUUAUCAGGUCGAAACUUCAAAGGGCCAUAAUAUUAAUAAAUGUACCGAAAAACGUUGUACGAUACACGUGCGAAGCGAGAAUUCGUAAAUUCCUCUUAUCCACACUUGUUUUAUUCUGUUUUACUUAAGAAUUUCAACAUUUAUGUUUAAUAGAAUUAAAUUAGCUACAAUUUGAACUAGAUUGCCUUGAACACAUAAUGUGAUAUAUUGUAAAUAGUUAGGGUAGAAAAAUAUUGGAUAUAAUAUAACACCUCCAUUAUACUUCAUUGUUUUGUUGACAUGUUUUUCUGUUAUGCAAAAUAAUCAGUGUGCGUAGCCGAAUGCACAAACGCUCACGAAACGCUCACGAUAAUAUCUCUUUCGUAGUUAUCUAUCUCUAUCGUUCUUGGCGCGAUAGAGCCAGACUACCUUUCUACGGCGUUUCGGUGGCGUUUCGCGUCGGAGAAAUGCCAUUCGGCUACGGGGCCUGGACAGUACAUAUAGCUAAACCAAGCUAAGUUUUCAGCCAUUUUGAUAAAAUACAAUUCUAUGAUACCAUUUUUGCUAUACAAUCGCUCCGAAUUUAGCCUACUAUAACUCUGCCUCUAUCUGAUAAAAAAGUGUAAUGUGACGACAGAUAUUUUUAAACGCUGUUUUGUCAGAUAAAUUGUGAAGAUGUUCUUAAAAUCGCGAUUGUUAAAACGAUUUAAUGCUCAAAACUGUAACUGAAACAAUAAAUAAGAGGUGUUAUAAGUCAAAAAGUAAUAAAUGACGGGAAAUACGU